AUGAUGGAGUACAACAUGGCCAUUAUGCGCAACCAGUUCGGCCGCCUCUGGUGCUUCAUCCUGGGCGCCCUGCAGACUUGCACCGAGCGUGUCUCCGUCGCCGACAGCCUGCUCAACAAAGGCAAGCACCCAAUGAUCGCCACCAUCCUGAACGUGGAGACCCUGGUGAGCGCCAUCUUGUCCUGGGACAUCUUGAGCAUCAUCAUCCGCCAAGCCCAGAGCCACAAGCGCAUCAGCGUGCUCCCACUUCUGCUGGAGAUGAACGUGUCUAUGGUUCUUAGCGGCGCAUGUGGCCUGCUGUGCGCGUUGCUGGUGAAGGCGACGCUGCAUCGCUGCCGUUUCAACCCGCAGUGCAUGGUCGUGUUCAUAGUGGCCUCUUCGUAUGCCCUGUUCGCUCUGCUCAAGUUGUACGGGGGCUGCGGCAUUCUGGGCGUCAUCUUCUUCUGCGUCAUGGUUAGCACUGACACGAUCAUCACCUCAACGGAGCUUGAGGAUGAGCUGAAGAGGUAUUGGGAGGUGCUCCACGAUAUCAGCGAGGUGAUAUCGCUGCUGCUGUGUGCCCUCUACAUCGGCCACGAGAUCACGCCCAAUGUAAACGCUUCUGACCUGCACACCUCGUUUCUGACCUACCUAGUAGCCGUCGCGUCCCGUUCCGUGGCGGUGGUGUGCAUGCUGCCGUUCCUGUCGUCGGUGCGCUCUUCCUCGCGGUUCGUCCAGGCGUUGAUCCUCAUCUGGAUGGGCAUGCGAGGCUCCUACCGCAUCUUCCUCGCCGUACACUACCUGCGACUGCUCAACGUCUCCAUUGGGGAGGCCACACGGGGAAUCGUCCACGUCGCCAGCGCCAUGAUUUUCGUAGACUUGAUCAACGUGAUGCUGUUCGAAAACAUCCUAACCCUCAUCGGUGAGUUCGCGAACUUUGAUGGUGUGGACCUGUGUAGCAAUUUACAGAAUUCUAUAAUCCGGCGCUCUUCUCUCUUCGGGAAACGUUGUAUAGGAUACGUGAGCGACUCGGAGUUGGAGCGGCUGACGCUGGCGAACGCACUGCGUUACCUACGCCACAUAUCACGCGGGGCCGCUCACGCUGAGCGAGCCGAGGCGAGGUUCGUGCCCGUGGACUGGCGCUGGGUGACCGGACGCACCUACAUCGCCGACCUGCGCAAACCGUCGGCCAAGGGACCAGCCGCCCUGCAGCUGGCCGCCAUGAGGGAAGCCGACGGAAUUGGGAUCGAGCAAAUACACGAAAACUUGAGCACCGACCAGGAAGUCAUCAACAUGAAGGCUUACGAGUUUGCCAUCGAAAAUGCCAUCCGCAUACAGAGGGUCAGCUACCAGAAGCAGUACCGGGCUGGUAUGAUUCAAAAGAAGACCGAGGCCCGCCUUCUCGCUGCAUUGCAGUACCCAUAUGAGAGCAAAACAUAUCUCAACAUUGACAUGAUCCGCCAGCUGAUUGCGGUGCCUCCCUGGAUCAACUGGCUGAAGUCUGUGCUGAAGAGCGGCAGCGGCGGCGACGACUUCGGCUGCGAGGGCCUCGCCGACCGGGGCGAAGGGGGAGAGCACUCGUUCGAGAUGAGCUUCCGCGAGCGCGUCAUCGAGGUGUUCGAGCACCCUCGCUACGAUCUGGUCCAGUGCUCGGUCACUCUCGGCGCGGCCGCCUGCCUCGGCGGAGUCCUGCUGCUUCCCACGCACGGGCACCGCCUGGGACUGCUGGCCAUCGAACUGCAGGCCGCCUACCUGGCCGCGUUCGUCAUGGAGAUGUCCAUCAUGGUAUACGCUUACGGCCAGCGUUUCGUGCGCAUCGAGCAGUACAACCUGCGGGACUUGCUGCUGGUCGGGCUGUGCGGCGGGCUGUUCUUUCUCCAGCUACUGCUCAGGGUGGUCGACCGAGUCCUGAGCGAAGGCGUCGUGGGCACGACGCUGGCGACGCUCUUCCUGUGCGCCAUGCUCGCGCGUCUGGCGCACUUGACGCAGUACGCCGAGGAGCUGUGUGAAUGGGUGCUCGACCUGGUCAACCAGUACAUGGACUCGAUCAUUUACACGGCCUACGAGACUGGCCUGGCGCUCAUCAAGGGGGAGGAGGACGUGCGAGAGAACAUCUGGAAGACGGUGGACGAGUUCAUGGCCGACCAGAUACGCUGUCACGCGGGCGAGAACCGCCUCGAGCUCCUCCGGCAGGUGGUGGAGGUGCACAGCAAGUACCCGGGCGUGGCGGUGGCCUUCAAGAGCCGACAGGCCUGUCAGAGCAUCCUGAACGACGUGCGGCGACACAUCGACGAGCUGCUGCACAACGGCGCCAUCGACACCGCCGAGCAUCGAAAGAUGAUCACGGCCGCCGAAGAAGCGAUGCAGCAGGUGAUGUCCGCACCGUACAGCUUUCCCAGCAGCUACAAGCCCAUCUCGGUGCUGCGCGCCGUGCCAUGGAUGGGCACCGAUCAGCUCAGACAGUUCCUCGCGAUGACCAUCCGGCCGAUGUCCUACGAACCCGGCGAGGGGAUCAUACGCGAGAACGAGGACUCCUUUAUCGUCGUCGCCACAUCGGGUAUUGUCAAGGUGUCCGGCGAGGUGGCGGAGAAUGUGGACGGUGCUCUGCCCAACACGGCGUCGUUCCUGUACUUCUACAGCGACGGCUACUUCGAAGACUACAUCCUGGCUCCCGACAUCAUCGGUACGCUGAGCAUAGUCUCGGACGAGCCUUGCGUCACCACGGUCACAGCAGAGACUGCCGUCAACGCCUACCUGAUCCCCAAGGAGCGGCUUCUGGAGGCCCUGGAAGUGUUCACCGCGUGGCCCAGCUUCCGCUACCAGCUGUGGUACUUCAUCUGCUCCACGCUGAGCACGCCCCUGUUGCAGUCGCAGCCUCAGUAUCAGACGUGGCCGACGGAGAAAGUGAACAACCGCCUGGAGCGUAUGCAGAUGCCGGACCUGAUGAACGCCAAGCAGUUCCACGUGAGUCCGGACAUCGAGGACCUGCUGCUCAUCCAGGGUCGCAUCAUGGACGCCACCACGGAGGAGGAGUACCUGGCGCCUAUGUACAUACCACGCACCGUCACCAAGAUCAUCUUCCCGGGCGAGGUGUACAGCCGGCCGUGUCCCGUGAUGGUGAUCAUCGCCAACCAGCAGUACACGCUGCCCGAGGAAGUGGACUGGGUGCUGCGCGAACAGCGACACGGCGACGAGAAUCAACAGCGCGCCGCAGCCGCCGGCUUAUUUCCCUACGACGAUAUGACUCACCUGUCAAGGGCAUCCGCUGGGAGGAAACUUGGAGAGUCCGAGUGA